GCCCAAGGAAAGCCCCUGAAGCUCACCAGGAGGAAGACGCAUGCAGGGCACUCCCGGAGGAGGGACGUGCCCUGGGCCAUCCCCCAUGGACAGGCGGACACUCCUGGUCUUCAGCUUUAUCCUGGCAGCAGCUUUGGGCCAAAUGAAUUUCACAGGGGACCAGGUUCUUCGAGUCCUGGCCAAAGACGAGAAGCAGCUUUCACUUCUCAGGGAUCUGGAGGGCCUGAAGCCCCAGAAGGUGGACUUCUGGCGUGGCCCAGCCAGGCCCAGCCUCCCCGUGGAUAUGAGAGUUCCUUUCUCCGAACUGAAAGACAUCAAAGCUUAUCUGGAGUCCCAUGGCCUUGCUUACAGCAUCAUGAUAAAGGACAUCCAGGUGCUGCUGGAUGAGGAAAGAGAGGCCAUGGCGAAAUCCCGCCGGCUGGAGCGCAGCACCAGCAGCUUCAGUUACUCCUCAUACCACACCCUGGAGGAGAUAUAUAGCUGGAUUGACAACUUUGUAACGGAGCAUUCCGAUAUUGUCUCAAAAAUUCAGAUUGGCAACAGCUUUGAAAACCGGUCCAUUCUUGUCCUGAAGUUCAGCACUGGAGGUUCUCGGCACCCAGCCAUCUGGAUUGACACUGGAAUUCACUCCCGGGAGUGGAUCACCCAUGCCACCGGCAUCUGGACUGCCAAUAAGAUUGUCAGUGAUUAUGGCAAAGACCGUGUCCUGACAGAUAUACUGAAGGCCAUGGACAUCUUUAUAGAGCUCGUCACAAACCCUGAUGGGUUUGCUUUUACCCACAGCAUGAACCGCUUAUGGCGGAAAAACAAGUCCAUCAGACCUGGAAUCUUCUGCAUUGGCGUGGAUCUCAACAGGAAUUGGAAGUCUGGCUUUGGAGGAAAUGGUUCUAACAGCAACCCCUGCUCAGAGACUUAUCACGGGCCCUCCCCUCAGUCAGAGCCAGAAGUGGCUGCCAUAGUGAACUUCAUCACAGCCCAUGGCAACUUCAAGGCUCUGAUCUCCAUCCACAGCUACUCUCAGAUGCUCAUGUACCCUUACGGCCGAUCGCUGGAGCCCGUUUCAAAUCACAGGGAGUUGUACGAUCUUGCCAAGGAUGCGGUGGAGGCCUUGUAUAAGGUCCACGGGAUCGAGUACUUUUUUGGCAGCAUCAGCACCACCCUCUAUGUGGCCAGUGGGAUCACCGUUGACUGGGCCUACGACAGUGGCAUCAAGUAUGCCUUCAGCUUUGAGCUCCGGGACACUGGGCGCUAUGGCUUCCUGCUGCCUGCCACACAAAUCAUCCCCACGGCCCAGGAGACGUGGAUGGCGCUCCGGACCAUCAUGGAGCACACCCUGAAUCACCCUUACUAGCAGCACGACUGAGGGCAGGGCAGGAGGCUCCAUCCUUCUCCCCAAGGUCUGCGGCUCCUCCUGAAACCCAAGUUAUGCACCCCCAUCCCCAUGCCCUCAUCCUGACCUCUUAGAAAAUAAAUACAAGUUUGAACAGGC